UAGUCACCUCCUUGCCUCUGUUUCCCCAAAAUCUCUCCUUUCCUCCGUUUCUCCCUUGACUCCCCUGCUCACUAAGAUCCCUCUUACUCUCAAACCAGCUUACAAGCACCUGUCCCUCAACUUCUUGCUCAUUAAUCCCUCCUCUGCUCCCUGACAAUAGCACCUGCUCAUCAAGAUCCUUCCUACUCUCAAAUGAUUUACCAAAACAACUUCUCACAAGCAUCUGUCGCACGUAACAAACUUAUACCCAAUUGCACUACAUUAGCAUAACAUCACCCUUUAACCCAAUACAAGGGAUGAAAGACACAAACCAGAAACAGAGGGAGACAAAUCCCAACAAAGCAAUGAAGCACACUUCAUCCCAAGGAUUCCAAGCAUAGAACCCAAAACCCUUUAUAUGGAACUAGAUCAUAGCUUUAUACGGUACUAAGCAUGAAACAUAACCGAUCAUGCUGAGGUGGGGGAUAUAUGAUUCUGAUUCUGAUGACAACCAGCCUGCACCUUCAAGAAAAUUGUUCAGCCAUGGAAGAUCACUACAUGCCAUUCUUGGAGGAGGGCAUGUUGCUGACAUACUGCUGUGGAAGAACAAGUAUUUAUCAGCAGGGAUCCUAACUGGUUUCACGGUUAUAUGGUUCCUUCUUGAAGUUGUGGAGUAUCAUGUUGUUACUCUUCUUUGUCACUUGCUCAUGCUUUUUAUGGCCAUCCUCUUCAUUUGGUCUAAUACCGCAGGAUUCAUCAAUAGAAAUCCUCCUGAUGUUGAUGAUAUAGAGUUGCCAGAAUCCACAUUGAAAUUCUUCUUUGGGCAAAUCAACCAAUUACUAUCAAAUUUAUAUUAUAUUUCAAGUGGGAAAGAUCUAAUAACUUUCUUUGUGGCCAUAGCUUGUCUCUGGAUAUUGUCAGCUUUGGGGUCACUAUGCAGCACUCUGACACUUUUAUAUAUUGUUUAUCUGUGCUUGGCGACAUUGCCAGUUUUGUAUGAGCGAUAUGAAGACCAGGUGGAUAAUUUUGUUGGAAGAAGCGGCCAAGAGAUGAAGAACUUGUUUGAAAAAUUUAAUACCAAAGUUCUUGACAAGAUCCCAAGAGGACCAACAAAAGAGAAAAAGCUGGCUUAAACAUGGAAUUUCUUAACCUGGAAAUGGUUUUCAGAGUGCAAAAAAUUUUCUCUGGGGAUCUCAGCUUGCAAAUUCAAGCUUUGUAUAGUUAAGUUGUCAAAAGAAAAAAGAUAGUUACAAAUUAAAGUGAGAAUUAUACAUGAUUGAAGUGCCCAUCAUUGUGUAAUUAAUUUGUUAGCAAGCAGGGAAUAUAAUUGCUAGAGAAAAUAGAAAAGCUUCUUUGUUUUAGAGAGCAAGCUUGAAGGUUGCAUCAUUGUGAGAAUUAUUAUAAAAUUUGUACUUGUAUAUGUAAUAAUACUCUUCAAUAUAAACUACAUAUGAAAAUGAUCACAGAAUUGAUUUUUUUGGCCAA